AUGUAUACUCUGUGGCUCAUUGUGCCGCAUAUUUUAACACUUCCGCUCCAUAUACUUGCUUUGAGACGCACAAACAAAGUUAACGAAGAAACAUACAGCGGGUAUUACAACUACGCCGAAAUGACUGAUCGUUUAAAAGGAUUUUCUCGUAAAUUUCCCCGUAUUUGUAGCCUGGCGAGCAUCGGCCAGUCCGUCGAGGGCAGAGAGCUUUGGGUCAUGAGAAUCACAUCCAAUCCCACGAAAGACUUACCGGGCAAACCGAAGGUGAAGUACGUGGGCAACAUCCACGGGGACGAGGCUUUGUCCCGUCAGGUGCUGGUGUACCUUGUGGAGGACCUGCUGACCCGGUAUGGCCGUGAUGUGAGGGUGACGGAGCUGGUAGACCGGACUGACAUCUACGUUUUGGCCAGUAUGAACCCGGACGGCUUUGAGAGGGCGCUGGAGGGAGAAUGCGCUGGCACCACUGAGGCCCGAGACAAUGCCAAAAACUAUGACCUUAACAAGAGCUUCCCAGUCCAGGACGAGCCCUCCAGUGAGACUGCAGGAGACAUACCAGAGGUCAUGGCUGUCAUCAGGUGGAUUCAGGAGAGAAAGUUUGUCUUGUCUGGCAGUCUACAUGGAGGCUCAGUGAUGGCCAGCUACCCUUUUGAGGAUGACAGUUCUUACACCAGAUCAGGAGAUGAUGCUCUGUUUCGCAAUCUAGCGCAAGUCUACAUCGAGAGCCAUCCUGUUAUGGGGACAGACAAUGCUGACUGUCCCGAUGAUCCCUUCAAAAGCUCUGGAGAUGGAUCAAUGCAGAAUUACAACUACUUAAAAGGAAACUGUUUUGAAGUCUCCUUUGAACUGAGCUGCUGCAAGUAUCCACCAGCUUCUCAGCUUUACACAGAGUGGAGCAACAACAGAGAAGCCCUUCUUGCUUUCAUACAGAAAGCUCAUAUUGGUGUGAGAGGUUUUGUGCUGACCAAAUCAGGCUUUGGACUGCCAGGUGCAACGGUCUCAGUUUCUGGAAUUGAUCACAACAUCACUACCUGGAAGUUUGGUGAUUAUUACCGCCUGCUGCUGCCUGGAAAAUACGACAUCACUGCCAGCUCACCAGGAUACCUUUCAAAUACUGUGAUGAAUGUGCCAGUGAUUGAAGGAAAAGUCAUACUGGUGAACUUCACCCUCGAGGAGCCUUUAGAAGAGAUGUUAAUGCUAGACACUUUUGGGCAGCCUAUAAUAACCCAUCAAGACCUGAACACACCCGGACCUCCCAUCUCAAAGUCUCCAAUCCAGACUCUGGAUUUCCGAUAUCGUACUUAUGAUGAACUGGAGACGUUUUUACAGCUGUUUAGUGCCGUCCAUCCUUUCAUCACUUCUCUGAAGUCAGCCGGACGAUCAGGGCAGGACAGGAAUCUUUAUGUGAUGGAGAUCUCCACCAGUCCUGGUGUUGAACAGCAAGGUAAACCAGAGGUCAUGUUUGUGGGAAACCUGCAUGGAAAUGAGUUUAUUGGGUGUGAGAUUCUCCUAAACCUGAUUGAAUACUUGUGUCGCAAUUAUGGCAAAGAUCCACUUGUCACACGUCUGGUCAACAGCACCAGAAUUCACAUCAUGCCAUCAAUGAACCCAGAUGGGUAUGAACUCGCGCUAAAAGCUCAAAAGGAGCAGUUGUCAGGAGACCUGAGUAAUAUUGGACACGGCAACAGUCAUCGUGUUGACCUGAACACAAAUUUUCCUGAAGUGUCAAGAUCAAGAAGUAGUGUUGAAGCAGAAACUAAAGCAGUGAUGAACUGGAUCAAGGCCCAUUUCUUUGUGCUGUCUGCUAGUAUUCGUGGAGGAUUCAGGGGAAUCGUGUUUCCAAAUUCACUUGACUCUGUUGAUGAAAACUUGUUUAAAUCGGUUGCAGAGGCCUAUUAUAUGGAAUCUCAGGCUUUUCAAGAGCAGCAGACCUGCGAUGUGCCAAGAACCAGACAGAAAAGAGGUCUUAAGCACCGUCAUCCUGUAGUCAGAGGAACUGAUAUUCUGACCUGGGCGUAUCGGGGAUCAGACACUCUAACUGUGAACAUUGGUUUGAGUUGUGAGCUGCUUCCACCAGAGGAAUCACUCUCUGUAUACUGGGAGAAGAAUCAUAAAGCGCUCUUACAGUUCAUACAGCAGGUUCAUUUGUCUGUGCGGGGUGUGGUGACUGAUGGUAAUUCUGGAAGAGGCAUUGCUAAUGCUACAGUCAUGGUAGAAGGCUCAAGGCAUCAAGUGCGCACCAGUGGCACAGGGCAAUACUGGAGACCUCUGGCUCCUGGUUCUUACCAUAUUACUGCCUCUGCUCCAGGUUAUGCUCCAGUGUCUGUGUCCGUCCGGGUGUUGGGGACUCGGGUGGAGCAGGUGGACAUUAAGCUGACCAGAGAUGCAUCCCAGUCAUCUGUAGAGGAAGGAGAACAGAAGGACUUUGAAAAACUUGUGGAGCUGCUUUUAGUCCCUGGUGCAUUGAAUCAGUUGGUACGCAGCCUGCUUCCUGCUCAGACCCUGCAGUAUCGAACCUACAGGGAACGGUCUGAGUUUCUACGAGGACUGGCCUUCAACUUCCCUCGCAUCACACGACUGCACAGUUUGGGUCAAAGCUCCGAGUUCAGAACUCUCUGGGCUCUGGAGAUCUCUGGAAAUGUAGAUAUUCCUCCGCUUUCUGAGCCCAAGAUCCGGUUUGUUGCCGGAGUCCAUGGUAAUGCAGCCGUAGGUCCAGAGUUGCUGCUUGAAUUUGCUUCUGUCCUCUGCCUCAACUAUGGCAGAAACACCGCCAUUACCAAGCUGAUUGACAGAAGCCGGAUUCUGAUUCUACCGUGUGUGAACCCUGAUGGACGGGAACAGGCACACGAGGGUCUCUGCUCAUCCAGUGUGGGCUUUGCCAAUGCUAUUGGUGUCGAUCUGGACACAAAUUUCCUCACCAGUAAUGCAUCGGUACAGCCAGAGACCCGUGCAGUGAUGGAUCUGAUUUCUGGAGGGGGAUUCUCUCUCUCAGUAGUGCUGGAUGGAGGCUCUCUGGUGGCCACGUAUCCUUACGACAAGUCUAACCAGCAUGCAAAAAAUGAGGAGACGUUGAGAUAUUUGGCUUCUCUGUAUGCUGGCAAUCACCCUUUCAUGCACUUGGGUAACGUGGGAUGUUCAGAGAAGUCAGUGGAAAUCCCAGGAGGAGUCCUAAAGGGUGCAGAUUUCAGCGCUCACACUGGCAGUAUGAAGGACUUCAGUUUAGAUGUGGGUGUUUGUCCAGAGAUCACUGUGUACACGGGCUGCUGUGUGUUUCCACCUGACACUCAACUGUUUGCGAUGUGGAUGGAGAACAGACUUCCUCUUUUCCGCAUGCUACUGGAGGUUCACAGAAGGCUGAGUGGUGUUGUGAGGGACAGUAAAGGCCGGCCGGUGCCUGAUGCUGUUAUCGUGGUGAAUGGCUCUCUGAGUGUUCGUGCAGACAGUCAGGGUCACUUCAGCGCCCUCGUGGCUCCGGGCACACAUCAGCUGCAGGUUCAGGCCCACGGAUACCAGCAAGAGCUUCAGCAGGUGAUUGUCUCCUCCGAUCGACUGAGCAGCCCCAUCGUCAUUGACUUUACAGCAGACAGUGCUACCCUCAGCCAUGCUGUGCUUGUAAUUGCUGCAGCUACUUUGAUGAGCGUUUUGAUAUGUGCUGUCCUCAUCUGGCACCUUCGCUCUGCCAAGUUGAGCCGUAUUCGUGAUGGAGUUCGAUGGCUGCGUCGUAAGCGGGACGACCUGCGAAUGGAGGCGAUGGCUUCAGAGAAAUCACCCCUGCGUCAGGAGUUGCUGGAUGAGAGUGAGAGCGAAGACGACCCUUUCUUUGUAGAGUGA